GCCGACACAACCACUCCGUCCACUCCCAGCGCCGACUCGUCGGCCAUACCUAUCGGCGACCGGUUGGCCACCGCCUACUCAUGCGGUGACCUGCGGCUAAUGCUGCCCCGAAGACUCACCGCGUCGUUCAUCGAGUUCCAGCACAACGCUCACCGGCGCCGCCGGCGGACCAAAACACACGUCCGCAACAAGUCUUGGUUCCCGAAUCAGCGGCAGAUCACCGGCGGUCUGGUCGACACCGUAAUGAUGACCACCACCGGGAAUCAGCUCCGGUAUCGCGUGCAACAGUUCCGCCACUGUUGGGCGGCGUUGAAAGCGGUGCGACACAAGCGAAUCAGCGUCGAUGUGGGCAACGUCUUGAGCUCAGUGUUGGUGGACAUAGUGCUCGGUGUGAUAACCACGUUGUUUCUGGUGCUAUACUCGUCGCCCAGCUAUUGGUUGGACGCGGCGCUGACCCACACGGACUCACUGGUCAAUGAGGUGCAGUCAUUGCUGAACCUAUUGAUGGGAAUGCCGGCGGGUCUUAAGCUGAACCGACCGCUGAACACAGCGUUGGGUCAGUUCUUCCUGUACCACAUCUACCUGUGGAAGACAUACAUGAUUAUCAUUAAACCCCUGUUCGCCAUCACUGUCGAGACACUGGUCUACUGCGGUGUUCUGGGCUUUACGUGCAUUAUCUCUGUCCUGUCGGAUCUGCUAUCGUUGGCCACGAUUCACAUCUACUGUUUCUACGGCUACGCCGCGCGACUCUACGGCCUACAAGUGCUCGGAUUGUCGGCCCUCUGGCGGCUAUUCCGGGGCAAGAAGUGGAACCAAUUGCGCGCUCGAGUGGACUCGUACUCGUACGGCAACGAUCAGCUCUUCAUCGGCACCCUAUCGUUCACCAUAUUGUUAUUCCUGUUGCCAACGGUACUCAUGUAUUACAUGGUGUUUCUGGUGCUCCGUGUGGUGACCCUCUCCUGUCAGGGGGCGCUCUGCCUGUGCAUUGAGUACAUGAGCUCAAUGCCACUCUACAUGAUAUCGCUAUGGAUAUGCGGCAGUAAGAAAGUGGCCGCACGGGUCAGCUUCGAGCUCAUCACCAGCCCCUGUCUGACCACCACUGCCCCCGCCGGCGAUCAUCCAAGCAAUAGGUCCGCCGCCGCCACUGUGUCCACAGUGCAGCUCCUGUUGCGCACCCAAAAGGUGCCCUUCCGUACGGUAUUGUCCGCCCGUAACGAAGAGAUCAAGUCGUCGCUGAGCGGCCCCCGAGUCUCGUGGUCUGACUUUAUACACUCUGUCAUUUGGGGCCGCAUUAUAUACCCCCUGUAG